AUGACUGGAAGGAACCAGCACAAUGGUUUCCAGUUUGCAACCACAGUGCAGCCACCCACAUGUAGUUACAUGUCCGCUUUUGGAAACAACUCAGAGACUGACUACUCAGAGGAGGACGGAGAGACCUUUGAGCUGCGUUCCAGAGGCAAGGAGAGGCAUCGCAGGAGCACAUCUACAGAUCCUUCCAGUUGCUCAAGCAGGCGCAUUCACGACAAGGCGUUCAAGCGUAGUGGAAGGCGCAACCCUGUUGAUGGCACCUCAUCUGUGGACAGCGUGGAGUGCUUCCUGCAGGAGAAGGACAAGGACAUUCAACUUCUCGUCAAGUCAUCUGCCCCUUCCAGGAGCAGCCUGAACGAGGUUGUGUCCUCACUGGAGCAGCCGCUUUUGGGAGAUCCCGAGCGCAGACCAGCCCAAAAGAAAGACCCAUACUAUGGUGCUGACUGGGGAAUGAGAUGGUGGACUGCAGUUGCCAUCAUGUUGGUUGUGGGCAUUGUUACACCUGUUUUUUACCUGUUGUACUAUGAAGUUUUGAUGAAAGCAGAUGUUAGCCACCAUACUACAAUUGACUCUAUCAGCCCAGGACCAACACAGCCAGCUGCUGCUAUGUUUGGGUUAUCUGCCUCUCACCAAGACUCUCACCUACAGUCUGCUGCUAAACAGCAACAUUUUGUGAGGCAUGAAGAGAAAGCAUAAAGGGGCUUUUAAAUCACCAGGGAAUUAAUUCGGAGGCAUUAAUGGAAGGUAUAAGCAGAACCACAUUUUAAAAACGAUUAACAAUGCGUGUGAGGAUCGAGUAAUCAAGAAAUGAUUCCAAUCCUGUCAGCUUUUUCCUUCAUGCAUUUUGCACAGUUGAUUGCUGGUUUUGUUGUGUGUGUCACUCAUGAGCCAGUGUAUAUCUCUGUACCUCUAUUAAGCUUGUAGUUUGCAUUAAUGGCAAACAGCUGCCACUGUCUGGUUGUCAGGGAAAUAAACACGGUAAUUUAUUUUAGAAAAUGUACAAUCCAGAUUCAGUAUUGCAACUGAUGGUAAUAAUUUCUGGUUUUAAUGUUUAAACUUUGCUUGUAAAAAAGAAAAA